CCUUGAUCCGCUGCAGACUCGAUUGCUCCCACUCAUACCUAGGCUAGAAAGAGAGGGUUUCCUUCAAGUCCGUUUAUUGCCGCGGCCGCUUUGAGUAGUUUGUUGAUCGCUCUCUACUUUGCGAUCGCAGCAGAUCGAAAUCGAAAGUGUUAAUCGCAACUGAACCAAAAGCAGCAUUCCGUGUGAGCAUAUACCCGCAGACCUUAUUCAGCGCUAUUACUUCAACUCCCUACAAUCUUUGGCGGGCGCGCAACAGCCCUAGCCUCAAGAAUGAAGCUUUCUGGGUGGAUCUCGGUCGCAUUCCUCGCCUCGACAGCUUUGUCACUAGAGACCGCGGUCCCAUCGGUCGAGACGUUGCCCUUCUCGCAGCCCCAAAUCGCAGAGUCAAGAUGGCGAGCUUUCGAAGUGUUACAGAUCCUUAGGAAGCGGGCCGACAAUUGUCCAUCCGGUUAUGACGCUUGUUCCAAGCUGGGCCACUCCGACAUCUGCUGCAAGGACAAUACCAUAUGUACUCGUGAUGAUGCCAACAAUAUCGCCUGCUGCCCAACCGGAGCCAGCUGCACAGGAACACUUUCUACAACGGGAACAGGAGUAGUCGUGGUCGGCGAUUCUACCAGCAGCUUCCGCUUCCCUCAAACAGCAAGCGCUACGCAAACUACCGACGGGCCGACCAGUGCCACCCUUACAGGCUCAACUCUCGCGGCCGCCUAUCCGUUCGUCGUCAUUCCGACCUCGUUCGCCAAUGGCCAGGUCUGCACAUCCUACUAUUCCCAAUGUCAGAGCGAAUACACCGGCUGUCUGUCGCAGCUCGGGGGAGGUUAUGCCGUGACAGUUGCUGUUGACGGCGGCGCGGGAACGACUCGGGCAGGCGUCUCAGCGGCUAUGUCGACUUGUUCAAGUCUUAGUCUGGAGGCUUGCCACGGCCUAAAUCUCGGAUACUGCGCGGCCUACAGUACGGGCGUUCACGAAAACAGGGCGACAGGACUCAGACACACAACCAGCCUUGCGGACCUCUUCUUUGGCAUGGUCAUCGGAGUGGCCGGAAUGUUUAUUUGAGCAUGUCCUGCAAGGACUUGGCUUCGUGUUGAUACGCAUGGAAGGAUUAUGGGUAUAUAUGCUUGCUGGCAAUCUAUGACUGAUUUGGUUGGAAUGCGAAUUUGAUGACAACCGACUGGCCGUGACGGACGCUUGGCAGUUCGAGGGUUUUGCGGUUAUAUAUGCGCUGGAUCUUCGAUUGGAUCUGGCUUACGGAAUGAUUGAACGAUGAUGUGUUAUGUUUGAAAGAUUUAAGGCUAACGUGACUGUGAUGUACUCCGAGAAUUUGUAUAUAAGAAUGAAAUUGAG